AUGUAUACAGCAUUGUUUAUCGCACUUUUGGUGUUUGUCUAUCUGUUUUUCACCUGGAACUUUGGUCAUUGGCAAAAGCGUGGAGUAAAAGAGCCAUUUGCUUGGCCCUUAUUGGGCUCGUUCCCCAACAUUGUGUGGCCUCGACGACAUUUCACUUUAGAUAUGCAAGAGCUUUAUCUGAAAAAUCGUGAGAAUCAGAGUUAUGUGGGCACCUAUUUGAUGCGCUCUCCAAAAUUACUAUUGCUUGAACCGAAAUUAAUUAAUGAAGUGUUUCUAAGUGGUUUCAAGCAUUUUAUGGACAACGAUGCUUCACGCAUGGUCAACAUUGAAAAGGAUCAAAUUCUCUGUUGCAAUCCGUUUGUACUGAACGGCAAUGAGUGGCGUCAACAACGUGCCAUAUUCUCCACCCUGCUAACCAAUGGACGCAUCCGCACUAGUUCCACUCUAAUGCAGAGCAUUUGUCAGGACUUGUGCCAAUUUAUUGAGAGAGGAAGUCACUCCAAUAAGCCCCAAGAUGCAAUGGAUUUAGCCCUACGCUUCACUGGCGAUAGUCUAUUUGAUGGAGUCUUGGGCAUUCAAGCAAAUUGCUUUAGUGAUAAUCCUUUGCCCAUAAUUAAAUACAACAAGGAGAUGUCCACUGAUAAUCCAGGAUUGGCCUUAGCUGGAGCACUAAAUGGCAUACUCCCAAAUUUACCGAAUUGGCUAAAGCCCAAAAUAUUUCCAAAAAGUUUUGAUCACUUUUUUGUUGAUCUCAUAAGCAAAGCAUUUAAACUGAGAAGAUCGUAUUAUCAACAGCGCAAUGAUUUUAUUAAUCAUCUGCUAGAGUUGCAGAAGAAUCAUCAGUUGAGUGAAACCCAAUUGAUAUCACAUGCAAUGACAUUCAUGUUCGAUGGAUUGGACACGACAUCUUGUACUAUAGCCCAUUGUCUGUUAUUGUUGGGACGUUAUCCGCAUUAUCAACAUAGACUCUAUUUGGAAGUUAAAGAGGCCUCUGUAAAUGGUCUUGAUUUGCCCAGCUAUGAUGUACUUAAUGAUUUGAGCUUUUUGUCAGCCUGUCUUUAUGAGACCUUACGCAUAUAUCCCGCUGGCGGUUGGGCAUCGAAAACCUGUACUGAACCCUACACCUUUUGCGGCUCACAUCAUGCAGAGCCAUUGAUAAUUAGGCCUGGUGACAAUAUAAUGAUACCCAUCUAUGGCCUACAUCACGAUCCGACCUUUUAUCCCAAACCACAUGAAUUUCAACCCGAACGCUUUCUAAACGACGGCCUUAAAACGCUUCAAAAGAUGGGCAUUUUCUUUGGUUUUGGCCAUGGGCCACGUCAAUGUGUGGGAAUGCGUUUGGGCUUAGCUCUGGCCAAAUCAGCAUUGGCUGCCAUUGUGCUAAGAUUCGAAGUGCAUGUGAAUCCACGCACAAGAUCAGGCAUUGAAUUGGACCCAUCGAUAUUUGUUGGCAUUCACCGAGGCGGUGUAUGGCUUGAUUUUGUCAAACGAUACUAAAAUUAAAGAUACAUGUAUUAUAAAUUAUUUAACGAGAACAGUUUAAGGUUAAUUAAUAAAAUUAUGUUUUUAUGAUCUCCAUAUUCAUAUUA